AUGGCCAACGUACAACAGUACCGUCAGCAAAUCACAGAACUGAUCCGACAGGCAGACAUCACUACUGUAUCAGCACGCAGUAUCCGGAAAAAGGUCGAGGCCCUGGCGCGCACCGACCUGGGUCCCGUCAAGGAUCAGUUUGAUGAACUCGUCAUGGAGAUCUAUGAGCAGAUCACAGACGAGAACGAGCGACUAGUGCUGAGUGGCGGACCAGCGGCUCAGCAAUAUAAUGGCGUGGAGCAGCAGAACGGACAUAUCCAACCCGAUUACAUGCCAGCAGCGGUUAUGACCCCAGCACAAAGCGCCUUUAGCGGAUUCGCGCUCCCACCAACAUCCUAUGUUGCACCCAAGCCAGCACCACCUCCCGUCAAGAAAUCUGCACCGGCCAAACGACCUGUGACUCCUGAAAGCAGCCGGGAAUCAGACAACGACUCGGAUGCAUCUUACUCGUCUGUGGAAGGAUCAAGCAAGAAGAGGCCACCAAAGAAGGAAUCUUCUAAAAAGUCAUCGUCUUCGUCGUCGGCAGCGAAGAAGAAGAAGGAGGCAGACAAGAAGAAGAAGGAAGCAGACAAGAAGAAGAAGGAGACAUCCAAGAAGAGGUCUAGCUCGAGCAAGCACAAGGACAAUGAUGACGAUGAGCCAAAGAAGAAGCGGGCCAAGCCACUUAACGAGGACGGAACGGAGAAGCUCAAUGGAUUCACUCGUCCUUAUGCCAUCAGCGACACACUCUACCAGGUCAUUGGAACAUAUGGCGAAACAGGACCUUCAGGACGUAUCGAGAUGCCCCGACAUCAAGUAGUCAAGUUUUUGUGGGUGUACAUCAAGGAGCGCAACCUUCAGGACGAAAAGGACAAGCGCGAUAUUAUUUGUGACGACAAGCUAAGGGCCUUGUUUGGACUGGACAAGAUCAACUGCUUUGCAAUGAACAAGUACAUUGGUGCCCACUUGAUCAAGCCCGAAGACGUGGUCCAACCACACGCAGCUCAGUAA